AUGUUGUUGGAAGCGAAUAAGAUAUUGAAAGAGGAUGGGCCACAGACGCAGAAACGAACUGAGCAGGAAUGGCUGAAGACGCCGCGUGAAUCAUUCGGUCCGGGUGGCUGGGCUGAAAUGGUUGGAGAGGAGAAUGUCGAGUGCCACGUCAUAGGCCAUGCAGAUCACGAUUCAAUGAUGGAUCCAGAAGUGGUUCAAUUAACUGCGGAUUUGAUGCAAAUCGCCAUACAGAGAUGGUUGUCUGUUUAA